AGAAAGGCAGAUACCUAAUGGGAAAUUAAAACUAGGCAAAAUCAGCCAAAAAGUGUAAAGGAAAAGAGCAUUAGGCCCCUUUAGCUAUCGAGUGACUAUAAUUGGUCUUACAAAAGAAAUACAACCACCACUCCAACACUCCUCCUCCUCUCACUCCAUACAACACAACACACUUUCUCUCUCCUCUUUCUUUCCUGCUGCUCCAGAUCUCCAUAACCCCAUUUCUCUAAAAGCUCACUAAACACUAGAUUGUUACACAAAACCCCAUUUUACUCUUUCUCUCUCCUCUCUCUUCAUUACCCACCUUUUAAUUUCUCCCCCCAAAAAAAUUAAAAAUUAAAAAACAAUGUGUUUCUUCUCAAACACCGAUCCAUACCAUUCUUUCCCCGGGAAUUUAGGGGAAGUUUAAGCACAUUUUCUGCUUAAUUUUUCUUUAAUUUUUUUGGGAGUUCAGCAUUUUUUAGUGGGUUAAAUUUUAAAUUUUUAAAAUGAGAAAGCAUGGAUGGCAACUUCCUUAUCACCCACUUCAGGUGGUAGCAGUAGCAGUGUUUUUAGCACUGGGUUUUGCAUUCUAUGUAUUUUUUGCUCCUUUUGUUGGGAAGGAGCUUUACCAGUAUAUCAUAAUGGGCCUCUACACUCCUCUUAUAGUAAGUGCGUUUGGACUAUAUAUCUGGUGUGCAGCAUCUGAUCCAGCGGACCCAGGAGUUUUCAGGUCUAAGAAGUACCUUAAAACAGCAUGCAAAGGUGAUCAUACUGAAGCAAAGGACUUAAAACUAGGAGGGGAAUCUGCUUCAUCUAAGCAAUUUGUGAUUUCUGGGGAGAAUGGUGACAAACAUCAUGAUGGAAAUGUCAAGAGCACAGAUGUUAAUAUGGAAGAUUUUGAUGCUGAACAUGAACAUAAUGUUAGAUCAUCAAGUUGUUCAUCUUGUGUUUUGGGAGUAUUGCUCUAUCCCUGUACUUUUCUAUGCAACUGUAUGAGCUCAUCUGAAGAGUCUUCUGAGCGGCAAGCAAGUGAAGAUGGAAUGUUCUAUUGCAGUUUAUGUGAAGUCGAGGUGUUCAAGUACAGCAAGCAUUGUAGAGUUUGUGAUAAAUGUGUUGAUCGUUUUGAUCACCACUGCCGGUGGCUCAAUAACUGUAUAGGUAAAAGGAACUACCGGAAAUUUUUCACUCUCAUGGUUGUGUCACUUCUAUUGCUAAUUCUUCAAUGGUCAACUGGGAUCCUUGUCUUGAUUUGCACUUUUCUUGAGAGGAAGAAAUUCAGUACUGAGAUUGUUGCAAAGCUGGGAAGCAGUUUCUCUAUGGUGCCAUUUAUUAUUGUAGUGGCCAUGUGCACCAUUUUGGCUAUGAUAGCAACCCUACCACUGGCUCAGCUUUUCUUCUUCCACAUUCUCCUCAUAAAGAAGGGGCUUAGCACAUAUGAUUACAUUGUAGCUCUGAGAGAGCAAGAACAACAAGAAGUUGGGGGUGGACAGAGUCCUCAGAUGUCUCAAGUUAGCUCCCUUACUGGAUUAAGCAGUGCUAGUUCGUUCAAUACUUUCCGACGGGGUGCAUGGUGUACACCUCCACGGUUGUUUCUUGAGGAUCAGUUUGAUGUAGUUCCUCCAGACACUGGAUCUGUGAGUUCCUAUGGCAAAAAGACUGCUAUAGAGGAACCGAUCAAGAAAAAGAAUCCUGCAGUAAAGAUCAGUCCAUGGACAUUAGCACGCUUAAAUCCUGAAGAGGUUUCAAAGGCUGCUGCAGAGGCAAGGAAGAAAUCAAAGAUUCUGCAGCCUGUGAUAAGACGUGAGGGCCCAAUCAACCUUGAACAGGACAACAGUUUUGGCAGUGGCCGCCGGAUAAUCUCCAGGCUUGACCACAGCAGAAGGCGAAAUAGCAAACGGGUUCGACUGCCAUCUGAUCUUCCCAUCGAGCAGCUUGUGAAUGUAUCCGCAAAAACAGCGAAAGCAUCAUCCAGCAGCUUGGCUCCUCUCCAGCUAGAAGCAAGGAGUGCCUUCCGAACUAGCCUGGCCAUGUCGAGUGGAGCUAACAUGGCUGGCUCCUCUCCUGAGAGCAGCUCGCCUGAUGUGCAUCCAUUCCGUCACUCCUCUUCUGGAGCAGAAGAAUCUAGAAGGCUUACUGGUUUGUCAGUGGCUGGUGGAGCUGUACUGCCUGGGAUGCCACUGUCAAGGUCGACCAGUGAUGGGUAUGAACCUUCUGGUGGAGAAGAUAGUGACCAGGUUCCUUCAAGGCCAGUUGAAAGAACAGUGAAUUGGAGUAGUUUACUUUUCAAGUCAAACCAAGAUGGAGGAAUGCUUAGUCUUAAGGGACCUUCAGCUUUUAGCCAGGGCAACCUUAGAAAGUUCUGAAGGGAUGGAAUUUAGUGAAUAUGAUGAUUUGUUUUUUAGGGUUUUGGAGGGUGAAUAUCUUUCAUUUGUGAGUUUGAUAGCUCGCUUAUGUCCUGAGAGUUGGUUGGUCAAUGGAGGUAAGCAGACACGAAGAUGCAUGAAAUGCAAGAUGGAUGGAACACAAGUUGCUGGACUUAGAAGGCAUUGUGCAGGAUCUAACUUCGAGUGGUCAUGCUAUUUUAGCGAAGUUUUUGGAAAAAAAAGCCAGGUUAAUGUUGCAGAGCAUAUUGUAUUUACCUGCAUGUGUUUAAUUUUGCUAGAAAUGUCUUGGCAAUUUUUCUGGCUGUCUUCGUUGUUUGCAAGUGAAACUUUUCAGAUCUGUGUAGCACCAUGAAAAACGUCAAGAUAACUUGAAUUCUUUGAUUACAUUAUUCCUCCGUGACUUGCUGUUUCUAUUAACAUCAAGGCAAUUUCACCUCUGUUUAAACAAAAUAUUUUGUCAAAUUUUAGUUACACCCUAGCAGGAUGUUACUUGAGGAAUAUGUUCACAGAAAUAAACAGUAAUCUGCAGAAAGUAAAUCCGUAA